AUCGAGACGACCAAGAAACUCGACUAGGCAGCAGGAAUACUCAAAGGACAACAGACGUCUGCUCGUGCAAAAGGGCCUCCCAGGUCAUCAGACGUGGCUCAAACGCACGCGUAUCCGUCAAAUCCAAAUUUCUGUCGCUUUUUGUCGUCAUUGCUAGGGGUCCUCUUCUCUGCUCCUUGGGAGCUACCGCUACCUGACGCUGCACUGUUGAGACUCGUCUAGUCACUUUCCCUCCUUUUCCCCCCUUCCCCCCCAAGCGCGCCCGCCCACCUCAGAGCCGAACCCCUCCUCCACCGUUUCCAUCCCCCCCACGAUCAUGGUCCCGUAGCCUUGCUGUCCUGAGAAGACGAUCAACAUCCCGACUCUUCAUUUUAGCGCACAACUCCCAACGACGUCUAACCGCAUUAUUUCGUAAUCGCUUCUUCUCAUUCAGAUCCACACCCAUAAGCCGCCAGCGAGGGCUUGUCCCGUUCGCUUUGUCUCUUGCCUUCAGACCGCUCCCGCAGAUUAUGGGUUUGAGCGCGUAUACCGGAUAUUGCCACCAUGAGCUUCAACCUCCCGCUUCGGCCGAGUUCCAGCAGUACACGGAACCAGGCCAGCCGGAGCAGCUACUUCACCAACUAUACGCCGAAUUCCUCCACUGAGGCCAUCAAUGGUCCUCCCCUCCGGGAACCUGCUCGUGAACUGUUCGGCACCACCGAUCGUCUGAUUGUCGGCGUAGAUUUCGGAACCACGUUCUCAGGCGUCGCCGCCGUGUACACCUCGACGCCAGACGAUGUCGAGAUUAUCAAGACGUGGCCCGGUGGCAAUGGCAUCACCUCUGACAAGGUGCCCACCGAAAUCAGUUAUGAUUUUCCUGCAAACGCCGCCGCCGGCGCCGAGCCCACGGUGAAAUGGGGCUUCCAGUUCAAGCCCGAAGAGUCGCGCCUUCGUUGCAUCAAACUGUUUCUGGACCGCUCACAGAAGCUGCCUUUUUACGUUAGCCCGCUGGAAACGGCGGCUCAGCUGAAACGUUACAACAAGAAUGUCCUGGACGCCGUGAGCGACUACCUCACCCAGGUCUACAAGCACACCAUGGAUACCCUGACCCGAAGAUACGGCGAGUCUUUUAUGCAGUCCACCAAGGUUGACUUUGUCUUGACCUGUCCGGCCGUGUGGUCCGACGCGGCAAAAAACACAACGCUCCAAGCUGCCGAACGAGCGGGCAUGGGGUCCAAAUCGGAAAUUCAGAUGAUCAGCGAGCCCGAAGCUGCGGCUGUGUACACGCUGAAGGCAAUCCAGCCGAACCACCUCAAUGCCGGAGAUAACUUCAUCGUGUGCGAUGCCGGUGGUGGAACUGUCGAUCUGAUUGCAUACAAGAUUAUAUCAUUAAAGCCGCUAAAGGUAGAAGAGUCCGCCGUCGGAACCGGUGGUCUCUGCGGCAGUGCAUUCCUCAACUACAGAUUCGAGGAGCAUGUCAGAAACAAGUUGGGCCAUAGCCGCUUCGACGAGAUGAAGGUCAAGAAAAACAAGACGUGGCAGAUGGGCCUGCGAUACUUUGAAGAGUUUGUGAAACGCAACUUCAACGAGGACGAGCACCAGGAAGUCAACGUGCCGUUUCCGGGUUUGCCCGACGACGAGGAGGCCGGUCUGGACUGCGGCUUCAUGGUCAUGUCAGCUGCCGAGAUCAAAGAGAUAUUCCAACCCGUCGUCAAGGAAGUAUGCGACCUUGUUCAGGGCCAGGUCACAGGCAUCCGGUCCAAGGGCGGUGUCGUCUCGGGCAUCGUGCUGGUGGGAGGAUUCGGCCAGAGCGACUAUCUCUACCGGAAACUCAAGGCCCACUUCACCAGUGCGGCGCCGCCACCGUACACCGAACGACCGACCCACGGCAGCGUGACGGCACUGCAGGAUACGAGCUCGAUUGAGGUUAUGCAGCCGGUGUACGCCUGGACGGCCGUUGUCCGAGGAGCAGUCCUGCGAGGACUGGAGGGUAACAUGGUGAUAUCCCGUAAGGCGAGGUACCACUAUGGCACUUCGUACGCAACGGUGUACGAUGAAGAAAAACACUCGGUCAGCGAGCGAUACUGGUCGCCACUAUGGGAGCGAUGGAUGGUGUCGGACCGUAUGCAGUGGCACAUUGCAAAGGGAGAGGCAAUAUCACCCUUGUCGCCUAUCGCCUUCCACUACACCCGAAAUUUCAGGCCCGGGCAGUCAUUACUGGUGACGGACGACCUGAUCGCGUGCGAAGCGGACGAUCCACCGUCGGCGUACACGCGCGACCUCAUUCACGUGUGCACAUUAACUACCGAUCUCAACGCGGUGCCUAGGAGUCUGUUCACGCGGCUGACGACGACACGUGGUGUGGAAUUCGACAACCUCGACUUUACGCUCGAGAUGAUUGUCGACAGCGCUGGCCUGGGUUUCGAGUUGAAGGUGGACGGCGUGCGGUACGGACGCGUCGAUGCCGAGUUCCAUUGAGAAGCGACCGGGCGUAACCCUCGGAAGAGGAACUGGCGGGGUAUAAUGGAACAGGGAGGGAAGACAGCGGAGGAGGUCUACUGCACGGAAGGACUUUUGGGUGCGGAGACAUCGCAGGAGGCACUCGCCCGCUUCUUCACCUAGGAAACUCUCGUCAUAUAUAGUUCGUAAAGAACACACAUGCUGCAUAGGUCGCCAAGCGAAAAGCAUAUU